AUGUUGGCGGUAAAGGAAGGAGCACUUCGGCCGCUGCCUCGCAAACAAAGCAGCAACAGAAAGGCUGCCGUUACUGCUGAUUCUUCUACUACCCUACAGACCAUCAUUUCAUCAAAUCCCCAAAGUUUUAUCUACGCCCACGCAAGUGACCUACAAAACGGAAUUCCACGCAGCCAACUACUCCCUCAAGCAAACCCCACACAAGACCUGUACGGUGUGGAUAGUCUACGUUGCCGCACAUGA